GAAAUGGCACACGAAAUUCGGUUCUUCGAGUUGAACACGGGAGCUAAGAUCCCUUCUUUGGGACUGGGGACGGCGCAGGUUGACCCCGGCCUCGUCGAUGAAGCCGUGGCCACUGCCAUCAAGGUUGGAUACCGCCAUAUUGAUUGCGCUCAACUCUAUGGCAAUGAAAAGGAGAUUGGUCUCAUUCUGAAGAAACUAUUUGAAGAUGGUGUGGUGAAGCGUGAGGAUUUGUGGAUUACCUCUAAACUCUGGAGCACUGAUCAUGCAUCUGAAGAUGUUUCAGAGGCUUUGGAUACUACUUUGCGAAACUUGCAACUUGAUUAUCUUGACUUGUACCUUUUCCAUUGGCCAGUCCGGAUAAAGAAGGGGUCAAUAGGCAUUAAACCAGAAAAUCUCAUUCAACCAGAUAUACCUAGCACAUGGAAAGCAAUGGAAGCACUCUAUGUUUCUGGAAAGGCUCGAGCUAUUGGUGUCAGCAAUUUCUCUUCAAAGAAGCUUGGCCAUCUGUUGGAGGUAGCACGGGUGCCUCCUGCUGUUAACCAAGUGGAGUGCCACCCUUCAUGGCAGCAGGCAGGAUUACAUGCAUUUUGUAAAUCCCAGGGAGUUCACUUAUCUGGAUAUUCGCCAUUAGGCUCUCCUGGCACUACGUGGCUCAAGAGUGACGUUCUUAAGAAUCCAAUUCUAGGUAUGGUUGCAGAGAAAGUAGGCAAAACUCCUGCACAAGUAGCCCUUCGUUGGGGUCUGCAAAUGGGUCAUAGUGUGCUUCCAAAGAGUACACAUGAAGGAAGGAUUAAGGACAACUUUGAUAUCUUCAACUGGUCUAUACCUGAAGUCUUGCUCGCCAAAUUGUCCGAAAUUGAGCAGGCAUGUAUUCAGUUAGACAUUGUCUUUCUAAAUUAUACUUCAGGAUCACUUACUGCACCUUUCUUUUUCAUGGCCAAUUCUAUAUAUAGCUUUUACCAGCUUAUACAGUCGCUAUUUCCUGCUAAUAUGUUAUCAAGUGAAUUGGCCCUUAGGCGUUGCUAUUGCAAGAUUGAUAACAGGGAACUUCGUACAGGACUGUUGAGGAAUUAUGGGAUGGCGAAAUAUGAGCAGCGAGAUAACAUGUUCUGUGGUUUGAGUGUUUUUGUCAAAGUUUGA